UGGUGAUUCUUAUCUGUAAUGAAUGAUGAAUUCAUUGUCAAUAAGUCUUAUCGUCAAAGGCUUGCAAGAUAGUCUUCCACACGAGUACAUCUGACAUAAUUAGGUUUUCACUUGCGGUAUAUAUGCAUAUGUUCAACGAAAUAUUUGCCAUGCAAAAGUCAUAUUAUUUGGUUAACUAGAGGUUUGGAACGUUUGUGAUUGAGUUACAAAAGUUCAUCAAUUAUGGAAAGGGAAGGUGUAGUUAAUGGAGAACAAGACAAAGCUAUGUUGAAUGAGCAAGACAAAGAGUUUUUGAAUGAGCAAGAGAAAGAAGAAUUUUUGAACAAACAAGACAAAAAAGAAUUAGAUAUAAAAAACCAGCCACAAUCGCACGAAGUAACACUGGACAAUAUAUUACUGAAGCUGGGUCGGCCUGGUUUCUAUCAUCUGAUUAACACAUCUGUCCUCAUGUGGAUAUUGUUUUUUGUUAGUAGCCAUUAUGUUGUUGUAUCAUCAUCUAUUGGGAUCACUCCAAGAAAUUUUCGAUGUGAAGCUUCACACAAGAAUCACACAGAGUUGGCAAUCACACUAAACACAAGUGUAGAGAACAUUAAUUUUGAAAAGUGUCACGUGACUGUAAAAGGUAACGUGAGCAAAAAACUCACAUGUGAUAGCUGGACAUACAUGUUUACUCAAGAAGAAGGUGAAAUUGACUCUAUUGUAACUAAGUGGGACUUGGUGUGCGACAAAAAGUUUCUUCCGCAACUGUCGACGUCGUUAUUUUUUGUCGGCGUCAUGCUUGGUACUUCCACGUUAAUCCAUCUACCAGAUAAAUAUGGGCGUCGGCCGACUUUGUUGUUGUUUUUAUUGCUCUCCAUCGUUGUGUCUGUUGCUACAGUAUUUUCAGAGAAUCUGGUCCUGUUUUUAUUGCUUCGCUUUAUACUCGGAGUCAUAAUUUGUGUUGUCCACGGAACGAUUAACAUAUGUACCAUUGAACUGUUUCCGUCAAAGCACAAUAAUGUGGUCGGCAUAGUUCUUCUUAGCUCAUUCAUCAUUGAAGUCUUGUUCGGAAACAUAAUAGCGUGGCUGAUGAAGAGUUGGUGGAAAACCCAACUCAUUUUCGCAGUACCCACAUUCAUUCCGUUGAUAGUAGCUUAUUUUUUUUUGCCAGAAUCGUUGCGCUGGCUGAUCAUUCACGACAGACAAGAAGACGUCAAACGACACCUUCACAAAGCGGCUCGUAUUAACGGCGUUACACUCGGAAAUUUACCGACAAUACGGACGAACUAUUCAUCGUCGUCGGAGAGUGACGCAGUCAAGAAACGCAUUUCAUUUCGAAAGAUUCUUUUGUACAAAGAAAUGAGGAAACGGUUAUUUGCAUGUUUAUUUUUAUGGGCUGGUUUAUCACUAUCGUUUUAUACUCUUGCUUUAAAUGUGAAAAACUUAUCAAAAAAACCCAUACUUUUCUCUUGUGAUUUCCUCAUUGGCUGAUACUGCUCCCAUAGCAACGACAAUACUAUUUAUAGGAAGGUUAGUGCGGGGAUUGAAAUUACUGUAUUAAUUAAGCGAGGCAUCCGUACACGGAGCUUAAUAUUUGUUGCCUUGCUUUACCAAUUUUUAAAUAUAUUUCAGAUUGGGUAAGAAACGACUUUUGUUUGUGUAUUUAUUGAUUGGAGGUGCUUUCUCGAUUGCUUACAAAUUUUACAACCA